AUGAUUGCGAAAAUACAAACUCUGCAGAGAAAUGGCACCUGGUCAUUGGUCAACUUACCACCAAAUAAAAAGGCUGUUGGUUGCAGAUGGGUCUAUAAGACUAAGUUGAAUGCAGCUGGUUCCANAGAGAGACANAAGGCACGUCUUGUUGCCAAAGGAUUUACANAGACUGAGGGCAUGGAUUUUUUUGAGACCUUCUCCCCUGUUGUGAAGCUCACCACUGUCAGGUUUCUAAUUUCCAUUGUUGUCUCUCGCCAUUGGUCUUUAUAUCAACUUGACGUUGAUAACGCCUUUUUACAUGGUGAUUUAAAUGAAGAUGUUUACAUGAAACCUCCCCUGGGAUUGCUUCUUCCUGAACCUCAUCUAGUUUGUAAAUUGCACAAGUCUCUUUACGGCCUUAGACAAGCUUCUCGACAGUGGAAUUCCAAGCUUACAUCUGCAUUAAUUUCCUAUGGGUUCUCACAGAGUUCUGCUGAUCAUUCUCUGUUUACCUAUCAUUCCUCUAACUCUUUUAUUGCCUUAUUGGUUUAUGUUGAUGAUAUAGUGCUCACUGGAGAUAACAUGCAGGCCAUUACUGAUGUCAAACAAUUUUUACAUCAUAAAUUCAGCAUCAAAGAUUUGGGUUUUCUCAAAUUCUUUCUUGGUUUUGAGGUUGCUCGAUCACAACAAGGCCUUGUCCUAAAUCAAAGAAAAUAUUGCUUGGAAAUCUUGUCAGAAUUUGGUCUACCUGGUUGCAAACCUGCCACUUCUCCUUCGAAUCCCACUGUUAAGCUUAAGGAUGAUGAAGGUGCUCUUGUUUCAGAUCCCACUGCUUACAGAAGAUUGAUUGGUAAGCUGCAAUACUNAACUAAUACUCGUCNAGACAUCUCCUUUGNUGUUCAACAAGUUAGCCAAUUCAUGUCCAAGCCACGACAAUCUCAUCUCCAUGCUGCUUUCAGAAUCUUGAGAUACCUCAAAAGUUGUCCAGGUCUUGGUUUAUUUUAUCCUUCCUCCAACCCUCACCGAAUUCAAGCUUUUUCGGAUUUCGAUUGGGCUACUUGUUCCCUCACUCGCAAGUCCAUCACGGGAUAUUGUGUCUUUUAUGGCCAUUGUCUUAUUUCCUGGAAAUCUAAGAAACAAUCCACGGUUUCUAGAAGCUCUACUGAAGCUGAAUAUAGAGCUUUGGCUUCUGUUGCUUGUUAA